AGCAGUGGGUGUGUGUGUCUUUAUUUUCUUCUGUGUUAAGCUGACCAAAGACAAAUCCUUCGUAUCUGUUGCUGGAAUUUAAGUCCUUCUUUUACAACCCUUACUUUACCUUCCUCACCUUCUAAUUCUAUAAUAAGUUCCACACUUUCAAAUCUCAGCACUCCAAAAAUCCUUUCUUUUUUUAUUACCCAUUUGAUUUUUUUCCCUGCAGAGUCUCUGAUCUCUGCAUUCCAAUUCUCAUGGCUGGUCGCUAUGACAGUAACCCCUUUGACGAGGAAGAAGUUAAUCCCUUCUCUGUAAAAAGAGGAGAGGGAAAGACAUCAAGCCAUUCAAACUUCAGUGGGGGUUCCUUUUACAUUCAGAAUCCUGGAAGUGUUCCUCCUGCCACAAAUUCAAGGCUUUCACCUCUUAAGCCAGAGCCUGUUGAUUAUAAUUAUGGGUUUGGUGCAACAGUUGAUAUACCUCUUGAUACAUCAACGGAUUUGAAAAAGAAGGAGAAGGAACUUCAAUCCAAGGAAGCUGAAUUGAGAAGAAGGGAACAGGAAGUGAGACGGAAAGAAGAAGCUGCUGCACGAGCUGGAAUUGUGCUUGAGGAGAAGAAUUGGCCACCGUUUUUCCCAAUAAUCCAUCAUGAUAUUGCUAAUGAAAUUCCUAUUCAUCUUCAAAAGUUGCAAUAUGUUGCAUUUACUACCCUGUUAGGAUUAGUGUUGUGCCUUUCAUGGAAUGUUAUAGCUGUUACUGCAGCUUGGAUUAAGGGUGAAGGUGUAAAAAUAUGGUUUCUUGCCCUUAUCUACUUCAUAGCAGGGGUUCCUGGAGCAUAUGUUCUGUGGUAUCGUCCAUUAUAUCGUGCUUUUAGGACUGAAAGUGCUUUGAAAUUUGGAUGGUUUUUCCUGCUUUAUCUGUUUCACAUAGGAUUCUGCAUUUUAGCUGCAGUUGCACCUCCUAUAGUUUUCAAAGGGAAAUCCCUGACGGGCAUUCUGUCUGCCAUAGAUGUGCUGGGCGAUCAUGCUUUGAUUGGGAUCUUCUACUUCAUUGGAUUUGGAUUAUUCUGCAUUGAAACAUUGAUCAGCAUUUGGGUUAUUCAGCAAGUAUACAUGUAUUUCCGUGGCAGUGGUAAGGCUGCUGAGAUGAAACGGGAGGCUGCGAUGGGAGCAAUGAGAGCUGGCAUAUGAUUAAUCGUCUUGUGGAGAAAGGCAGCAUGGAUAACUUGUGAAUGGAUCGAUGUGUAUAUUACAAGCCACAGAAAUUGUGAACAAAAAUAUUCUACUGAGCUUGAUUUUUGUUUACACCUGUUAUUUAUUUAUUUGUUUUUCCCUUGUUUAGCAUAAUAUCUGUUCAUGUGGUUUGUUAGUGUAUAUUCUAAGCUGAUAGCUUGGAGAUAGUAGUGGCUGGUAGAAACAUGCUCUAAUUUAUUGAAGUUGAUCAUCUAUAAAGUUCUAUCUUUCUUGAAGGUCCAGUAUCAGACUUAAAUUCUCAUCUCAAAUUUGGAAUAGUGAAGGUUUCACCAAGGGUGCUGGAGCUAUUCCAUCAGUCGUUAUCACAUGAACUUUGGCUACGGAAGCACUGGCAAAGUGUCCUGGUCUUCAAUUUGCUUAUACCUCAGAUUGUUCUGGCUCGUCUUUAAUUAGCCAAAAGCGGUUGUUUUAAGAUAUCACAAAUUCUCAAUUUGACAAUUUACGAACAGGACUGAAUUUGC